GCACCAUGGACCAGAGUGGGAUGGAGAUUCCUGUGACUCUCGUCAUUAAAGCACCGAAUCAGAAAUACAGUGACCAGACUAUUAGCUGCUUCUUGAACUGGACCGUGGGGAAACUAAAAACGCAUCUAUCUAACGUGUACCCUAGCAAACCAUUGACGAAGGACCAGAGGUUGGUGUAUUCAGGCAGACUGCUUCCUGACCAUCUGCAGCUGAAAGACAUUCUCAGAAAACAAGAUGAGUAUCAUAUGGUUCAUCUAGUCUGUACUUCUCGGAGUCCUCCAAGUUCUCCAAAAUCCAGCACCAAUAGAGAAAGUCACGAAGCACUGGCAUCCAGCACCAAUUCUAAUUCAGAUCACUCAGAUUCAACAACUCCAUCCCCCAGUCAAGAGAGUUCGUCAUUAGUUGUUGGUUCUUCAGAAGGAUUGAGGCAGCGCAUCCUUCCACAAGCACAAACUGACCCAGCCCAGAGUCAUCAGUUUCCAUAUGUAAUCCAAGGAAAUGUGGACCACCAGUUUCCUGGGCAAGCUGUGCCACCGGGGUUCCCAGUGUACCCUGCUCUCAGCCCACUGCAGAUGCUGUGGUGGCAGCAGAUGUAUGCUCAUCAGUAUUAUAUGCAAUAUCAAGCUGCAGUUACAGCUCAGGCCACAUCGAGUGCCAGCCCAGCCCAGCCUACUGCAUCGCCACCUCUAAACUUGGCACAUGUUCCUGGAGAAGAGCCUCCACCAGCUCCCAACCUAGUAGCCCAAGACAACGGGCCCAUGAAUGAGAAUGUCCAAAUGAACGCGCAGGGGGGACCAGUGCUGAACGAGGAGGACUUCAACCGUGACUGGCUAGACUGGGUGUACACAUUCUCACGGGCUGCAGUGCUGCUCAGCAUCGUAUACUUCUACUCCUCUUUUAGUCGGUUUAUCAUGGUAAUGGGAGCCAUGCUGCUGGUGUAUUUACACCAGGCUGGAUGGUUCCCUUUCAGGCAAGAAGGCGGUCAGCAACAGGUUCCUAACAACGUUGACGUUAACAACGAUGGGCAGAAUGCAAACAAUCUAGAACUUGAAGAAAUGGAGCGUCUUAUGGACGAUGGACUUGAAGACGAGAGUGGAGAGGAUGCAGGUGAAGAUGGCAGUGCAGUCCACAGGCCCGGCUUAAUGGCUUCAGCGUGGUCCUUUAUCACCACCUUUUUUACUUCACUGAUACCAGAGGGGCCUCCCCAAGUUGCCAAUUAGACCUGAAAAACUGUGCCAGCUGCAAAGGAGGGUUUGACUUUAGAAAAGUGGUUUAAAUAACAGUGCAAUUUCAAAAAAAAAAAAAUGUAUAACUUUUUUUUGAUGAUCAUGUACAGAGGUCUUUUCCUUAAGCUUCUCACGCAUAUGAGUAUUUUAAGCACAAAUGGACUACUAAGUGUGUGAUUUUUUUUGUUUGUUUAAAGAUCCUAACAGAACAUAGCAUAACAGUACUGGUCUUCCAGUUUUAUUCAUUUCAAUUACGUGUAGUGCGCCAAGCAGAACCACUGUGUGUUGUUUCUUUAAAGAGCUGCUACACCUUUAAAUGUCCAUAGCUAGACGGCCAGCCCUUCAGUGUAUCCUUUGAAAAAUAUAUCUAUUUUCUGUGAAUUAUCCUAAAAGUUUUAAACAGAAAUGACCUCAUAGUUUUUAAUAAAGAAGUUUAUUUACCUAAAAUGUGCUAGUAGCAUCUUGCCCAUCCAUAAAGCAAUAAACUUCUCAAAAAUCUUAAUUUUGACAUUUGAAUAAAUGAUGGAAACUUUCUAUUUUAAGGACACAUGUCGCAUCAGUUGGAAUUAGUAUCUUAAAAGAAAAAGGCAGCUCUUCAUUGGAAUUAAGUGAUAUAAAAUGUUUGAUAUGGCAGUACUUUUAUAAAAUAUGCUGGAAAUUGCUCCCUGUAAUUUUUUAAAUAAAAAGUCAAUUAUGAUAAAUA